AUGAAGGGAAGGAAAAGAAAGUCAAGUACAAUGCAAUUGAACGCUCGAAAUCGAUUAUCAAAGAAGAAAGGCGCAAGUGAGAUUAAAUAUGGCGUCCUCGCAGUCGGACAGUCUCCGGACACAACCCGACGUACAAUGGUUGAACCGAGACAAGGAGACCAAAUUGAGGGAUUUACUCUGCAGAUACAAGAAAGCAGUCAAUCACAAUCUGACAAAAACCAAGCAGAAAAAAGGAACCCGAAGCCACAACAGCCUGAAAUGCCCCGAUUCCCCCACAUGAUCUUCCCCACGCCGGAGUUUACCCGCAUAACCGGCAGAAUCGGAUUCGGUCCGGAAACUAAUAAGCCGGGCUUGUAA